UCUAUGUUUUUCAGAUGCAGUUCCACGACGACAGACGGCGGUGCGACGAGCUGGUGCGAGUAUCUUGAGCGGUCGGUCUGUCAAUUUGCGAAGCGCAAUAGCGAUUUGUCUUCCCACCUCAAUUUCCAUCGGCGCAGAUUUUCGUUCGGUGACAAGUACGCGCUUCGACAAUGCUUCGCAUCGCAAAGGUCUUCUCGUCGACCACCAGGCAUCUCAAUAAGGCCGUCGAGACACCCGUAGGGUCCUGCGUCGCAUCCAGAUGUCUGGCCACCCAGGCGGCAGUGAAAGUCAAGGAGGAGGCGCCAAAGCAGGAGAAUGCCGUCGCAAAGGAGUCCCAGUCUUUCACGAUGAAUCUCUUCCGCGGCCAGUUGCAGCUGAGUCAAGUCUGUCCGUACCCGGAGCCCAUGACUCCGGAGCAGACUGACACGAUAAAGAUGCUCGUCGAUCCUGUGGAGAAGUUCUACGAGGAGGUGAACGAUGCGGCUAAGAACGAUCAGAACGCGAGCGUGGACGAGAAAACCGCGGCCGCUCUCUGGGAUAUGGGAGCGUUCGCCCUGCAGGUGCCCACAGAAUUCGGCGGGCUGGGGUUGACGAAUACUCAGUACGCUCGAAUCGUCGAGAUAUGUGGCUAUCACGACCUCGGCAUCGGUAUCACGCUGGGCGCGCAUCAGAGCAUAGGGUUCAAGGGUAUACUUUUGUACGGCACGCCAGAACAGAAGGCCAAGUACCUGCCCCAAGUCAGCGGUGGCAAAUACGCCGCUUUCUGCCUGACGGAACCGAGCUCCGGCUCCGACGCCGGCUCGAUACGCUCGCGCGCUAUUAAAUCGGCGGAUGGGUCGCACUACGUGCUCAACGGCAGCAAGAUCUGGAUAUCGAACGGCGGCAUCGCCGAAAUCAUGACCGUGUUCGCGCAGGUGCCCGUCAAGGAUUCGAGAACGGGAGUGACCAGGGAUAAAGUGACCGCUUUCGUCGUGGAAAGGGGAUUCGGCGGCGUCACCAGUGGACCGCCCGAGAAGAAGAUGGGCAUCAAGUGCAGCAACACGGCCGCGAUCUUCUUCGAGGAUGUUAAAAUCCCGGCGGAGAACGUUCUCGGCAAAGAGGGCGAAGGUUUUAAGGUUGCGAUGAACAUUUUGAACAACGGUAGAUUCGGCAUGUCUGCGGCUCUUUCCGGCACGAUGCGUUACUGCAUCAGCAAGGCUGUGGAUCACGCGACGCAACGCGUGCAGUUCGGCCGCACUUUGGACAAUUACGGCGCGAUACAAGAGAAAUUGGGGCGCAUGUCUAUGCUGCACUAUGUCACCGAGUCCCUCGCGUACAUGAUUUCCGGUAACAUGGAUAAAGGGAGCCAAGACUAUCAUCUGGAAGCGGCUAUUUCGAAGUGUUUCGGGUCCGAGUCCGCGUGGUGGGUGUGCAACGAAGCUAUCCAGACCUUGGGAGGAAUGGGUUUCAUGACCGAGACCGGUCUAGAACGCGUGAUGCGCGAUCUGCGUAUAUUCCCAAUCUUCGAAGGGACGAACGACAUUUUGCGUUUGUUCGUGGCGCUCACUGGUAUCCAAUACGCCGGAAGCCAUUUGAAGGAGUUGCAGAAGGCCUUCAAGAAUCCUACAGGGAAUUUAGGAUUGAUCGUCGAGGAGGCCACUAAGCGAGCCACCAGGGCAAUUGGCUUGAACUCUGCGCCUACCUUUGGGAAUUUGGUACAUCCGUCAUUGGCCGAGAGCGCCGCGCUUUGCUCGAAGAGCGUGGAGAACUUUGGCCAAGUUAUUGAGUCCGGUCUUAUUAAGUACGGACGAGGCAUCAUAGACGAACAAUUUAUCCUCAACAGGAUUACGCAAGCUGCUUUCGACACGUAUACGAUGGCAGUUGUCCUAAGUAGGGCGACUAUGUCGUUGAACAAGAAUCUGCCUAGCGCAGAACACGAGUUGUUAAUGGCACAAACUUGGUGCGCGGAGGUAUCGAAUCGCGCUGCAUACAAUCUACAGCAGGUCAGUUCGAGCAAGCAAUUGGACAUAUUUAGUAAAUUGAGUAAAAUCUCGAAGAACGUGUGCGACGUCGGCGGCACAGUACAAUUAAAUCCGCUGGGCUUCUAAGACACGGUUGUCCCGUAAGACACCUUGUCCAAUCUUGAGUUUAUCGCGCUAGACAUAAUGGAAAUUGCUUUCUCCGUGGUGAGGAGAAAGUUGAAUAUUUCAUUAUUUCUUUUCACAAUUUUUAGAAUAAAAAGCAUGUAAAUAAUGUAAAGUUACUUCAUGACCGAAUGUAUUUUUCGUGGAAACUACGAAUGGAAUACGCAGUAGCAAUGCAAACAUUAAAUUUAAGGUGUAAAGCAUAAGGUGUGUCUAAAGAUAUAUAUAUAGAAAAUUAUGUAUUUUUAAUACCUCUUUACACGAAACAGCGAUUCCAGAUGUACAGCUAUACAAAUAAUAUGAUCUAUUUGACGUUUUUCCUUUCUUA